GGUAAGCAAAGAUGUGAGAGAAGGUAAAAAGUCCAGAAGAACCUCGGACUCUUUAAAAUCCAAAUCCAGAAUCGGAAUCCAAUUCAAUCACUACUCUCUCGCUCUUUUUUCUUCUUGUCACGAGAAGCAGAAAACGAAACCCUGAAAACCCCCGAACGGCGUCGUUUUGAUCGUCUCCUCCUCCUCCUCCUCAAAACCAUGAGCUCCUUCUAUUCUUGUUUCUCUUGACACUGAGAAUUCCUUGCUGCAUUUUCGAAGAGAGCAAGAAACGAAGAAGACAGCGACGAUGGAGAAGCAGCAAAAGACGAACGACUACGAAGACGACGACGUUUUGGAGCCGCCGAUCAAUUUCUCGAUGGUGGAGGACGGCAUUUUCAGAUCUGGCUUCCCUCAGCCCGCCAAUUUCCCCUUCCUCCGCUCCCUCAAUCUCCGAUCAAUCAUAUACUUGUGUCCUGAGCCCUAUCCGGAGGAGAAUUUGGAGUUUCUUCGCUCUCAAAACAUUCGGCUCCUGCAAUUCGGAAUUGAGGGAAAGACGGAUCCUGCCAUAUUAAUUCCCAAGGAUACAAUCUUGGAGGCUUUGAAAAUCUUGAUUGAUGUGAGAAAUCACCCGGUGUUGAUUCAUUGCAAGCGUGGAAAGCAUCGCACUGGAUGUCUUGUUGGUUGCCUGCGUAAGUUUCAGAAUUGGUGUUUGUCAUCUGUGUUUGAGGAGUACCAGCGAUUUGCUGGGGUGAAGGCAAGGCCAACAGAUUUGAGAUUCAUAGAGGCAUUUGAUAUAAUGCGCCUGAGGCAAUGCCUUUACAGUAUUAUCUACCAGUAUCAAGGUUACGGUUCUAACAAGAGGCGGUUGGUGUACAGAGAUGAGAAUUUACAGAAGCCCCAGACCAUGAAAGUUUAACAACCUAGCAUGGAGUUAUGAGU